UCAGUGUAGCUGAUGGAGCGUCUGGGUAGUCUAGGUGAUGGAGCGUCUGGUUAGUGGAGCUGAUUGAGCGUCUGGGUAGUCUAGGUGAUGGAGCGUCUAGGUAGUGGAGCUGAUGGAGCGUCUGGGUAGUGUAGCUGAUGGAGCGUCUGGUUAGUGUAGCUGGUAGAGCUUCUGGGUAGUGUAGCUGAUGGAGCAUCUGGGUAGUGGAGCUGAAGGAGCGUCUGGGUAGUGGAGCUGAUGGAGCAUCUGGGUAGUGUAGCUGAUGGGAGCGUCUGGUUAGUGUAGCUGCAAAUUUUGUUGUGCAAUAUUACAUUGUAACUCAAAGGGCUUAUUUAUUCUCAUCACGUCCUGGUGCUGACAUGCCAGCGCUCGAUGAACCAUAUUUCAAACCCCAGUGUUUGCCUUGUGUAAUCACCCAAUAUAAGGCCUUUACAGAGACCACCAGGUAAUGUCUACAGCUUUUCUACAUGCGUCCCAUAAAACACUCAAUGAACAUGAUAAGAGAUUCACUGUCACCACACCCAACACAGUGAUUCUCACGCAUGACUCCCUCCCGGGUGUAUCACUUCCUUGUUGCCCACUAUGGCGGUUGUGAGGACUCUGCUUGUGUGGGUGGUUGUGGCAGAGUGUUGGGUACAACAUACGACAGGCACUACCUGCCAAGAAGGAAAGUUCGGAGACACCUGUAGCUACUCAUGCCACUGCACUCCGCCCUGUAACCAGACAACUGGAGUCUGUAACGGGGCAUGUGAUCGAGGCUGGUUUGGUGGGAAUGGGCAAACCUGUCAGAGAGAGAACGUUGCCUUCAACAAGACAGCAUCUUCGCCCCCAACUGACCAUGGACAUAAAGGCUGGACCGCAGACAAAGCCGUAGAUGGGAACCAGGACCAGGAUGUGCUUCACGGCUCCUGUUAUCACUCUCAUUCUAAGGCCAUUGGACAGUGGGCAGUGGACCUGGGACAGCCGUACAGGAUACACGACGUCAGGAUAUACAACAGGGCAGGAUAUCCGGAUUUGAUCAGGACUGCUGUCCUCACUCUGAAUAACUCCAGCAGCUCCACACCCGGCGUCACCUGCUACACCUUCCCCUCUGACACAGCUAAAACAAACAACAGCGUGUACGACGUGACGUGUGACGGCACAGGGAGAUACUUCACCAUCACACACAGCACAGGACUAAUCCUGUGUGAGGUGGAGAUUUAUGUUUGCAGUCCAGGACUCUUUGGUGAUAGCUGCAAUCAGUUCUGCCAUUGCUUCCAAGCAGCAUGUGACCCAGUUAGUGGUGUGUGUCCUGGAGACUGUAGACCAGGGUGGCAGGGAGACAGGUGUGAUACAGUGUGUUCAAAUGGCAGCUACGGGCAGAACUGCAACAACACUUGCAUUGAAAGAAGAUGUGCCGAAGACUCGCCAUGUGAUCACGUAAGAGGGACUUGUAUUUCCGGGUGUGAGGCAGGGUGGAUGGGUGAAGAUUGUAGACAAGCAUGCUCAAAUGGAAUUUAUGGACAGAACUGCGGAAAGUAUUGCACAGACAGGAAGUGUGCAGGAGACUCACCAUGUGAUCACGUACGGGGGACAUGUGUUUCCGGGUGUGAGCCAGGGUGGAUGGGUAAAGACUGCAGAGAAGCAUGCUCAAAUAGAAGUUAUGGACAGAACUGCGGAAAGUAUUGCACAGACAGGAAGUGUGCAGGAGACUCACCAUGUGAUCACAUAAGAGGAACAUGUGUUUCCGGGUGUGAGCCAGGGUGGAUGAGUGAAGACUGCAGAGAAGCAUGCCCAAGUGGAAGUUAUGGACAAAACUGCAGCAAAUAUUGUUCUGAUAGAAAGUGUGCUGGAGACUCGCCAUGUGAUCACGUACAAGGGACAUGUGUUUCCGGGUGUGAGCCAGGGUGGAUGGGUGAAGACUGCAGAGAGGCCUGUGAUAUUAAUCAUUAUGGAGUUAACUGUGACAAGACCUGUGCCUCCAGACACUGUGUGGGGAACUCUUCCUGUGGCUCAACAGGGGACUGUGACAGGGGAUGUGAAACAGGGUGGACACAAGCGGACUGUACAGAAGACGUGAGAAGUGUACAACCAGCCGGAAGUAACGCUACCCAGUUGGCAGUUGCCGUAGCAGUUGCCGUAGCAGUGGCAUUCGUGGCUGGUGCUGUAUUAGGUGGCAUCGUCACUGUUGUUGUCUGGAGGAGAAGGAAAAGAUGCUUAGACAAGCCAUCGCACCCAACCAAUGUAUCAAACGCUCAAACUGAACGAUCGCAGGCCAGUGAUGACGUUGGCCCAGGUACUAGGACAUACGACAGUCUCAAUGCCGUCUCAUAUGACGCCAAGAUUGAAGGAGAUACAUAUUGCACCAUUACAUCUGGCAAAACAGAUUUAGGAACUGGUGCCACUGCUCUGACGUCAUGUGACGUGUCCGACUCUAAUGGAGCGCGGACGUACGAAACUCUUGACAACACGUCACGUGGAACGGAUGGUGAAUACAGUGAGAUCGGGAAAGUUAAGUGACUUUCUAGUGACAAACUUACGGUUUAAAUAGAAUUAUAUAUUGGUACUUGUACCUAUAGUCCAGAAAGGUGACCUUUAACUGUAAGAUAUAUUUCUAUUUUUGUGGGUUUAAAAUUGUAAUAAAUAAAUUCUUAAUUUACGUAUUUCUGUAGCGUUAGGUGUCUAUUGAUCCUCCCACCGACCUCACACACUCAGUGACCACGUGGCACAGUUACAAUGUGAAUUAUGUAAGUUCAUUUGGAGUAAGGUUUUGUUCAACUUCAACGAUGUACGCAUUUGUAUUAAUUGUUUCAAUUCAACACUGAUUUGUAACAGGAUACUUGAUUAAACAACGUAUGUUCAUACGUGCAUGGUUUUGUUUCAAACAGAUCACAUGAUUCAACAUUGCCGGUCAGUCAGAACAAAACACUUUGCUGUAACCCAAUGUCCCCUGCUGUGAACUGUAAAUAGUUUUACAAUUAUACUCAUACAAAAAGACAACAUAAAUGUAUAUAUGUUUCUAUAUUUAAGCUAUAGCUGGUGUUUACCUUAUAAUUAUAGUUUUCUCUGUGUAUGCAUGUGUAAUAAUGGUGUCACCACCUUUGUAUGUGGUCGGUGAACUGAAAUACAUGGACAUGACAAAUUUACUUGAUCUGUUAACUUGUAUGUAUAUAUAUAUAUAUGGAUUGCGAUUAAAUAUAUGUAUAUACAUCGUAGAAAACUGUGUUUCGGCAUGUCACACUAUCAAUGUGUAUGUUUUGUGUUAGUGAACUGACCAAAGUAAUCAGCGACGGUCUAUCCAUUUGAAAAUAUCUGUAAUAGACGAUUCACUUGAUAGAUUGUGAUUAUGUAUUAUUAUAAUGAUGUUAUAUAAACAAGUGCUAUAAACAAAAUAACAAUGGUACAUUCUUAAUCAGGCAUGUCAAUGUUCACGUGCCUCGCUGACACGAAAAUAGUCUUCGUCGUACUUAAACCAUUCGUAUUUCAUCGAAAGUCAUUUAUUAUAAAUUAUCUUCCUUCAUAACAAGGUAAGCUAUGUUGAUAAGUUGUAAAGUGCAUAUUGAGUUAUCACCCUUUGUUACUAGUGGCGCUUUAGAAUUGUCUAUUAUUAUCUCCCUUUGACGCUGAAGCUCUACGAACAUAUUUGUGUAUUCGUUUUGUUUAUUUGUGUUUUGGUUGUUGUAUUUUAUUGUCAAGUUAUAUUGUAUAUGAUAACGCACCAAGUAAGUUAAUAGGGCAUGUUGUGUAUACCAGUAGUAUCAUAUGUGAUGGGUCAUUGCAUCUGUAGCCUCUGUAUGCACUAGGAGACUUUAGUGUCAUCAACAUUGUAUGACUAUGAUAGUCACAUGUUUGUUAUGGUUUUAAUGUCACACAAUGUUUCAUGAAAAUGAGUUAUGUGUAUAAACUAUGUUAAUAAGAAAACACGUGACGACUGUAGUAAGUCUAGAAUUAUUUACUCAAAUUCCAAAAAAUAUAUCACUCACAGGUUGUAGUACUUGACAUAGAUAACUUUAACAUUUACUUGAUUUAUUGCUUUUAAGAAUAGUAUAACAUCACUGCUAUUAUAUUGUAAUUAUAAGAUCACUUGCGCUCCCUCAAUAAACGGAAUCAAAACGC